AACCGGAAAUGAAAAGAACGGGGCGAAAACGCGGAAGCGGAUAGUCUGCUGCUUAAUAUACAGCCUUUGUGUUUUUGUUUUGUGAUUAGAUGUAAAACGCGACUAUGGCGCUGUUUUAGUUACAAAACGUGUAAGGUUUUGUGUUUGAGAGAGGACAUAAUAUAUUUUGUAGUUCGUCAUGUGUUAGUUUGUGUGAGAAUCUUAGUUAUUUAUAUGUUUGUGUAGCUGUUGAGUUCUGGGCCUCUGCGUUUACUGAAAACUGUAAAUCUUCCGCUAUGACUGGAUCUGUCUCUGAGUAAAAACACUCUUUGCUCUAUUCGGUAUUCUAGGACAGUCAUCUGCCUGUUAGGCCCUGCCAUAUUUUACUGUGCAGUUGUGAGAUUUGACUGGUGGAUGAUGUAUGCCCCCGCUGGAAACACUCUUCCUGGAGCUCGCAGGAGACGAGGUGGACCUGCAAUUCCCAAGCAGCCUGAACGCAGUCUGGCGUCUGCGUUCCCUGGGGCGCUCUCCAUCACAGCCCUGUGCACGGCCCUAGCUGAGCCAGCAUGGCUGCGAGUGCACGGAGGAACCUGCCCUAGACAGGAGCUCGGGGUGGCUGAUGUGUUGGGAUACAUUGACGAGAAACUCAUUGAAGACUACUGUAUUAAUUCCCAGACAGUCCUACUGUUGCGAGUCAUUGCUGCCUUCUGUUUCUUGGGCAUCUUGUGUAGUCUGACAGCUUUUCUCCUGGACGUCUUUGGGCCUAAACACCCGGCUCUCAAAAUUACACGUCGAUAUGCCUUUGCUCACAUUUUUACAGUGCUCCAGUGUGCCACUGUGAUUGGCUUCUGCUAUUGGGCAUCAGAGCUCAUCCUCACACUGCAGCAGCAACACAAGAAGUAUCAUGGCUCGCUCAUCUAUGUCACAUUUGCCAUCAGUUUUUACCUGGUGGCUGGAGCUGGAGGAGCUUCCAUUUUAGCCACAGCUGCUAAUUUACUCCGCCAUUACCCCACUGAGGAAGAGGAGCAGGCCCUUGAGCUACUCUCUGAGAUGGAAGAGAGCAGUGAGACUUAUCCAGUUGACUAUGAUAUUGCCAACCAGUUCCAACCACCACCUGCAUACACUCCCUGAUGAAAAAGCAUCCUAAAGCCCUCCCACCCCUCCCUACUUAAGGUAACUUUUUAAGCCUUCCAAACAAAUCAAGGACAGAGCAACAUGCAAAGUCUAUUUGCCAUAUAAUAAAUCCUCUCCAUGUAGGCCUCAUACUUUACAAUACUGUAUUCCCAGUUUCCCCUUGUCUCCCCUUCUUCCACAUGUUUAAAACUGUCAGUUGUGGUAUUUCAUUAUGACCACGCUUCUGGAAUGGCUGAUAAAUGACUGGGAAAUGUUCAUCUUUUGUUAGCAUAAUUUGCAUGUAGAUGCCUCUAGAGGCUUGAGACCCAAACAAAGCUCCUUCUAGAUUUGGUAAAAAGUGGCAUGCUUUAUUACUUACAAAUGUGAAAUAUGGACUGAGAUUAGGUGCACAGUAAUCCAGAUGCUUGUUGGGCUCAUUGAAUUGGGUUUGAGAAAUUUUUCUUCUUUUGUUAAAUGAACAUUGUCGUUCUCUUGUAACAUUCCAUGUGUAAAACAAACAAAAAGAACCUUCCCAUUGUAGUUAUCUUAAAAUGCCACUAUGAUUAAUGCUUUUCAUUAUGUUUGGAUGUAAGAUUGUUCAGCUGGGUAUGUGCACUCACAUACACACACUUCCAUGCAUAUACACCAUUCACAUAUUUUCUGAGGGGGUGGUUGGUUUCUUUUUCUAAACACUGAAACUUAAUUGAACUCUGCACUUCGAUGAUGCCCAAUAUGUUUUAUAUUUAUGUACUUCGUGUAUUGUAAAAUGAUGAUUUUGCUGAUCAAAACAAUUGAGCUUGAUGCCGGAGUUUGACUUUCUGUAGAUACAUUUUAAAUUUAGCUUUUGCAAAAUUAUGUCAAACUUAAUUUUCUCAGAAGUCUUGUGAAAGUUUUUAAUGAAAUGAUUUCCCUUAGAUAGUUAUUUAGUGAUUUGUGGCUUUUAAAAGGAAAUGAACAUAUUCGCCACAGCAAAUGGACUAUUUAUUUGAUCUUGUAUAUUGUUAACAUCUACUUGCAUAUGUAUGGCACUGCCAUUUUAGCAGGUUUAAUUGGCUGUGAUUUUGAAGUGGUCCAUUUUGCCAGCUUGUGUUAGUAUGUACACCGUUAGAUUAUAGUUAUAUAAUAUUUCAACAUCUGUGUUUUUUGCUGUAUGCUUUGCCCAGGUUAUAUAAUUGAUCAUGUCCCAGCUCAGAGUGCUACUCCAAAAUUCAUCUAAGAAAAUCACAAGUCUUGUGUGCAUUCAUAUAUGAUCACAGUUCAUCUAAAUUGUUAUAGUUCUGUAAUUGUUUGAUGGUUCACAGCAUGCCCAGACAAUGUAACGUGUGUGUGUUUACUCAGUGAUCACUAGAGAUCUGACUGGAAACAUGUACUAUUGAAUUUCACACCCAUUGUUUUCGCUUUUAUAUUGGGGUAGAUAUUUGGGACAAUUCUCCUGUGACAAUGUUCCUCUUUCUGUAUACAUUUAUGUGCUUUAUCUUGGAAAAUAAAGGAUCAUGGAUGAUUUUUGUGGUA